AUGAAAACCACAGCUACGGAGGAGACGGGCGGCUCAGAGUACCACCACUUCUUCAGAUAUGUGGACCAUAUAUUCUGGGCAGACCGGGAGAGACCGGCUCUGUCAACCAACGGAGUCACCAUUGGCACCAUGAAGCUGAAACAACUGAUGAUUCAGAUCACAUCAAAGGUCCCUGGCCCGUCUGCACAGGCGAGGCUGGAGCUCCUACCACACAUGAUGCCAGACAGUAAGAUGCCUCGCAUGAUUAAUAUGGGGCCAUAUAUUGUCUUCCUCUACAAACCCAGUCUUGUUGUUGUCCCGCCAGCUACGUCUGGGAACCCAUUUGACUUGACCAACGAAAGGAGAUGCUAG